AUGGCUGCAAAGCGCGUGUACCAAGUUUGGAAAGGAAGUAAUAAAUUCAUAUGCGGAGGGAGGUUGGUAUUUGGGCCUGACGCCAGGUCCCUGUUUGUCACCUUGUUGCUGAUUAUUGUUCCAGUUAUAAUCUUUUGUGUAUGUGUAGCAAGGCAUCUCAGGCAUGAAUUUUCUUCAUAUAAUUCUGGAUAUGCUAUUUUAGCAGUGGCUAUUCUUUUUACUAUUCAUGUUCUGGUGGUUCUCUUUCUUACUUCCUCCGGUGAUCCGGGCAUUGUUCCAAGAAAUUCUCAUCCACCAGAAGAAGAGUUUCGUUACGAUUCUUCUGUCUCUGCUGAUGUUGGGGGAGCUGGACGGCAAACACCGAGUCUCCAGUUCCCUCGAACCAAAGAAGUUGUAGUCAACGGCAUUGCUGUAAGGGUGAAAUAUUGUGAGACUUGUAUGCUGUAUCGUCCUCCUCGUUGCUCACACUGCUCCAUUUGCAAUAACUGUGUUGAGCGUUUUGAUCACCAUUGCCCCUGGGUGGGCCAGUGCAUUGGUCUGAGGAACUAUCGUUACUUCUUUAUGUUUGUUUCUUCAGCAACUAUUCUGUGCAUCUAUGUGUUUUCCCUCUCAGCUCUUUACAUCAAGGUUCUGAUGGAUAAUUAUGACGGCACAGUUUGGAAGGCAAUGAAAGAAUCUCCUGCAUCUGUGAUACUAAUGGCUUACUGUUUCAUCUCUCUAUGGUUUGUCGGUGGACUAACUGGUUUUCAUUUAUAUCUCAUAGGCACAAAUCAGACUACCUAUGAAAACUUCCGGUACAGAGCUGACAGCAGGAUCAAUGUUUUUAACCGGGGUUGUUUGAAUAAUUUUCUGGAAGUGUUUUGCACUAAAGUAAAGCCCUCAAGGAACAAUUUCAGGGCAUUUGCCAGAGAAGAGGUACCAAGGCCACUGGCUCCGAUCAUUGCACGGCCUCGUGACCCAGAUGAUGGCUUGGGAGGAGAUCGGCGCCCAAAGGUUGAAGAUGAUCUUGACAUUGGUGAAGACCUAUUGAAGAUAUCACAGCGCAGGAACAUUGAAGAACUUGAUGAGGAGAUUCGUGGCAGAGGGAGCAAUGGAGCACCCCACCAUACAUCUGAACCUGACUCAAUUUUGUCCUCAGAUCAUCGAGCUCCCACCAUUCGAUCAGAUGCUAGGCACUCGAGUUGGGACAGGAGUGGAAACUGGGAAAUUGCACAAGAGGUUCUUGCCAAUUCAAAUGUCACAGAAAGCAGAAACUAUGUGACUUCAAAGGAAGUGCGGCAAUGAGGUAUUUUUAAUGGCAUCAAUCAAACAUAUAUGAUGUGGAGUUCCUUGGAUACUAAA